AUGCAAUCUGCCAGCACGCAUCUCCUGUGCCUUCCUCCCGAAAUUCUGGUGAUGAUCACCCUACAUUUAGAGUAUGCGUAUGAGAUGAAUUGCCUCGCACAAACAUGUCAACAACUCUAUAGCAUCGCCAAUAAUUGUCUUUUCUCUUAUUAUGCCAAAGAAUGUUCUCCGCGAGGACUGGACCGCAUCGUGAAGAACGACAACGCACGCGCACUAUACAAGCUCCUGAUGAAUGGACUCAAUUUCGACCAAUACUUCCGCACAACCGGACAUUCAACACCGAUUCUAUUGACUGUUGAUACGGAUCUUUCAAGAAUUGCCGAGCUGCUGGUGGUCUACAGCGAGUUUUCAUUGAAAAGCGAUCAAUGCAAAUACGGUUCAUCGCUCGGCGGUCCGGGCCACAGGGCAUAUGAAGACGACCUCGAGAAGACACUUUACCGGGCUGCAAUCAAAGGCAGCCUGGGUGUUUUGAAAGUUCUUGCAUCUUCUGCAGCAGUAAAAAAAUGGCAAAUAUCAUUGGCCCUGGCAUACGCGGUUAAUCGAGGCCAAUUAGCCUCGGCUAGGUACUUGAUCGAGGAGGCAGGGGUUGAUGUCAACCAAAAAAUUACUCUUCAUGGAUUCUUCGAAUCAUUCCUCGCACUAUCAGCAAAUCGGGGGAAUUUGGAGAUGGUGAAGCUUCUUGUGAAGGCUGGUGCUGAUCUCAAUUGCCCGAGUUUCCAGCGCAUUGUACAGUCCCCUCUGUAUAUCGCUGCUGCCCGAAAUCACGGAGCAGUAGUACAGUAUUUGAUGGAAAUGGGGAUGCGCUUCUCCAACGUGAAUUUCUUUGACAUCAUGAAUUUGGCGGAGUUUUCCGACUUACCAGACUACACGAUCUCAAAUGUUGUAAAGGGGGUUGACCUCUAUGCAGUCAUGGCUGAUCCCACCUAUCACAACUGCGGAGGCUACGCCAGAAGCUGUAUCUAUAAUGUGAUUGCAGCUUGCGAUGAUCCAUCUCUCUAUCAAAGAAUUUUGGAUAUGCGGCGUUCAUCCCAUGACUGGCAGCAUGUUGCCGGGAGCUUCGGAAUCGCUGUAUUUCAUGGACAUUUGACUGUUGCGCGAUACAUAGUCGACGAAAUGGUGAAGUCCGACAGGAUAGUUUGGGGAAACGAAUGGUCGAAUCUCGUCUCUUACACAAUAUACUAUGAUAGUGCUCCCGCCUUUGAUAUGUUGCUGGACCGCGGGCCACCAGCUGAUCUACCCGAAGCCGGGAAACGCUGGUUAAAGGACGUGCUCACCAAAGCUAGGGACUACCCGGAACACAUGGAGGUCCUCCUGCAACGUGGGUAUCUGGAUAAAACCAUAGACGGCCGCGUCCUCCAAAGAAUGCUUGCAGGCGCGUUCGAAGCUGGUAACCUUGCCUUUGUUCGGCGUCUACUAAAACACGGUGGGAUUGGUCUCCUCGAUGCACUUGACGGCCCGGAUGUUGAAUACCAUGAGCAAACUGUCUUGCACAUUGCAGCGUACUACAGCUCCUUGACAACCUUCCAAGAAUUCCUGUCUACACAGGAUUUGACCCUUGACCCGGAUCAUCCCACCCAUUGCGCUGCGCUGGUCAGCGCAGCUAUGGGAGCAAACAUCGAUAUCAUCAAUUAUUUCCUAGGGCAAGGUUUCGACAUUAACGCCUUGUAUGAAACGUCCGCAUCAAAAGACAAUGUGGCCGAGACUUUGAUCAUCCAAGUCGCCACAGCAUGGGGCAGCCCGGACGGUCACACCGACAAAUCAAUUCGCGAGGACGUCGCUGCAGCAAUCAAGUUAUUGCUUGACCACGGGGCUCAGAUAGACACAAGGAAUUCACAAGGGCUCGCACCUUUAUCCAUUGCAUUGGAGACUGGGAAUUCUGAGCUAGCUCACAUGCUGUUUUCCAGAGGCGCAGAUCCCUUGAUUGCGCUCGAAUCUCGUGCUGAUCUCAGCGGGUUGGAACAACUCAUUCGAAUAUUCAAACGGAAUGAGCACGACGUGAGCUAUCUCGACAUGCUCCAGGCUUCUUUGGAGGUCAUGGCUGCGAGGGGUUAUCAGAGUGAUGAUUUCCUCCGUCUCACGCCGAGUAUUGAGGGCACACUGUCUCGUCCGAGGGUGAUCUCGCAGGUUCAAGAUGCUCCAAGUGUAAAGGGUCCCAUAGUGCUGCCAUACUAUGAGGAUCAGGUCUAUGUGCGAUGGUCACACUUCUUUUUAAUCAGGGAGUUGAGAAAACGAUACUGGCGAGCCGUGUAUCCUGUUCCGUCCGAAUGA